AUGACUCUCGCGUUCAAAGGUCGCCUUCCAGCUCUUCUCUCCCUCGUUGUUCUCGUCAAUGCUCGCGCAGGCGGUAACGACGGCAUCGACCUAUCUGCGCGGGCCACAGGCUUCCCUAACCCUUGUGGAAGUGGGCCCUACGGAGGCGCGAUUGCCUGCCCAAACGCUCAAAAGCCCUACUGCACCGUCAGCAGCGGAUCCGUCUACCUCUGCACGGCAACCACCACCACCUACACACCCAGCACGACCUACCCGCCCACCGACCCUCUCGCAAUGUGCACCCCAGCGUGCACACCCGGCAUCAACUUCACCACCCGAACUGUGUGGACUGAAUGCUCCUGCAUGGCGUGCCCUACGCCUUCGUGCAGCGGGUACUGCGAUCCUGGAUCCACUAAUGCUAUUACCACUGGUACGAAUGGGUGCUCGAGCUGUGGUAGCUGCGUUCCUACUGGGAAUGUGAGGCGUGAGCCUGCGGCGCAGGCGACCCCUGCUGUAACCCAUUUGUGA